ACCGUUUUAGUUUUACCGGUCGCUCGGAAGACGAAGGCGUCGAGUGAAAGAGAACCGGAGGAGGAGAUGCCUAGCGCAGGUCGGCCGUCGGGGGCGUGCCUCAAAUGCUUGCUGGUGGUCUUCGCCGUCGCCUCAGCUCUGUGCGUCUCCGGCCCCGCGCUCUACUGGCGCUUCAAGAAAGGAUUCGCGGCAGCCCGAUCUCGCUCUUCCUCCUCCUCUUCCCUUCCCGGAUGUGCCUCUUGCGUCUGCGAUUGCCCGCCCCCGGUCUCUCUCGAGGCCAUCGCCCCUGGAUUGUUGAAUCUCUCAGUAACAGAUUGUGGGAAAGAUGAUCCUGAGCUCAGCAAGGAGAUGAAGAAACAGUUUGUGGAUCUCCUCACAGAGGAAGUGAAGCUACAAGAGGCUGUUGCUGAGGAACACGCUCACCACAUGAAUGCAACCCUUCUUGACGCCAAUAAAUCAGCUUCUCAAUACCAAAAAGAGGCUGAGAAGUGCAUUGCUGCAACUGAGAUCUGUGAGGAGGCUAGAGAACGAGCUGAAACAUUCCUAAGAAAGGAGAAGAAGAUUACAAUACUUUGGGAGCGACGAGCACGCCAACUAGGCUGGCAAGAUGCAUGAUCCAAGGUUAUGUACAUGUUCCAAAACCACGCUUCUUGAUAGUGAUCUCAGAGUCAGCAGUAAAAGUUAACUGCAUAAAGGGAACAUUAGUAUCCAAAUAUCCACAUUUGCAACUUGUAGAGUUCAAUUAUUAUGCCAACAUAUUGAACUGAAUCAGUUAGCUAAUAUUGGAGAACGUUGAAAUUUGAAUAUCAAUAGUUGGAUCUGCGUUAUACUUAAGGUAUUCUCAGGUUUGAUGAUAUCUGUUGGCACUAGCUUUGUAUAAAGUGUACUUACUGAUUUUAUGUACUAGUUAAGUUUUGUUUGAUAUA